GUGUGACUGACCUACUCUAUAAGGAAAGGGGUAAAACACAAAGUGAAGAAAUGGAAGAUGAGUUUGGAAUGAUUAAGAAGACAAUCAGAACUGGAACACCAAUCAGCUGCUGUGAGACCUCAAAGCUGAGCCUCAGCCCCCGCCCACUUCUUGCAGAUUAUAUUUUCUGUUGAAAGCUGCUCUGGGUUCUCACUGGAGGGGAAAGCGACAUAUAAAUGCUUAAAGCAAGCUAACCUAAGAUCCCCAGUUUUUAUUGGAUUGUGUGUUCAUGCAUGAUACAGAGUGAAUUGUUAAAAAGCAGUCAAACACCCUACUGCCUUGAGUAAUGAGCCUGUUUCCGGAGAUUGUCCUUUAGCAACUCAAUGACUUUGUGGCAAAGGAGGUGAGGAGGGAGUGGCGUCUCAAAGAUCACAGUCAGGUAUUAAUAGUGAGCAAAGGGGAGCUCACACUGGUGUAAAGCUGUCCAACAGUCCAUGUUGUUAAUGCAGCAGCUGCACAUUGUACAUCAGUCCUAAAGCCAGACUGCAUGUAAGACAGGAUCGUUGACCAGGAGAUGGAGAAAAAUGUGCCGCAGUGGAACCCUCAGGAUGAGCACAGUUUGCUGAGUGAGGCGGAAUUAGAGAAGCUGGGCCUGAGAAAACGGGUGCCGCCACCCUCCGUCUGCAGCAGGAUUCGGAAGAUAAGGUGUUCAGGUUCAACUGCAAAGUCCUUGCUCUAUCGGCUGCUCCCCAUCCUGACUUGGUUACCACGAUACCCAGUCAAAGAAUGGCUGCUAAAAGACAUAAUCUCAGGAUUCAGCGUGGGAAUCAUGCAUCUUCCCCAGGGUUUGGCCUAUGCACUUCUUGCAGGGCUGCCUCCUGUCACUGGCUUGUAUUCAUCCUUUUAUCCUGUUCUACUGUAUUUCUUCUUCGGGACGUCUAGACACAUCUCUGUAGGCCCCUUUGCAGUCAUCUCUGUGAUGAUCGGGAGCGUGACAGAUUCACUGGAACCAAGCAGCAAGUAUUUGGUAACCAACAAUGUUACAAAUGAAACAACCAUCAAUUCUGAUGAAAGGGAUGCUGCCAGGGUACAGUUGGUGGCUGCGCUCACCUUCUUGGUGGGCAUAUUUCAGAUUGCCCUUGGCCUGCUGCAGUUUGGCUUUGUAGCUAUCUACCUAUCUGAACCCUUGGUGCGAGGCUACACCACUGCUGCUUCUGUCCAAGUACUGAUCUCUCAGCUGAAGUACAUCCUUGGGGUUGACGUGAAAGAGUAUGCAGGCCCAUUGUCAAUGAUCUAUACCUUUCUGGAAAUCUGCAAACGAGUGCCAAAAACCAAUAUAGGCACCUUGGUCACUUCACUGGUUGCCAUGGUUUGCAUUCUGCUGGUGAAGAUGCUCAAUGAUAGAUUUGCCAAGAGGAUUCCAUUGCCUAUCCCCGUUGAACUGCUCACGAUUAUCAUCUCCACAGGGAUCUCCUAUGGUGCUAAACUGAAUGCAAAUUUUGGGGUUAGCGUUGUAGGUGACAUCCCCAGUGGGAUGAGACCCCCUGAAGCCCCCAAUAUAGACUAUUUUGGGCAGAUUGUAGGCAAUGCUUUUGCCAUCGCUAUGGUUAGUUAUGUCAUUUGUAUCUCACUCGGCAAGAUCUUUGCCCUCAGACAUGGCUAUACUGUGGACAGCAACCAGGAACUGAUCGCGUUGGGGCUCAGUAACUUUGUGGGUGCCUUCUUCCAAUGUUUCAGCAUCAGCUGCUCUAUGUCCCGCACCCUAGUGCAGGAGAGCACGGGAGGCAAUAGCCAGGUAGCUGCAUUGGUUUCUUGCAUCAUCAUUCUUGUGACCAUCUUGAAGAUUGGCGAGCUUUUCUAUGAACUUCCCAAAGCCAUUUUAGCUGCCAUUAUUCUUGUUAACCUGAAGGGCAUGUUCAGACAGUUCAAAGAUAUUCCUGAACUUUGGAGAUCCAACUUUGUUGACCUGCUGAUCUGGCUUGUAACCUUCAUAGCCACCAUCGUGCUCAACCUUGACAUGGGGCUGGGGGUCGCUGUGGCCUUUUCACUUCUCACUGUCAUCUUCCGGACCCAGAUGGCCCAGUAUUCCAUCUUGGGGCAAGUGGCCAAGACAGGCAUUUACAAAGAUGUAGCUGAGUAUGACAAGGCUGAACUGAUCCCAGGUGUGACAAUUUUUCAAUCCUCUGCUACAGUUUAUUUUGCAAAUGCUGAACUGUAUGCAGGAGCCCUAAAGAAGAAGUGUGGCAUUGAUGUGGAUAACCUAAUUAAAAGAAAGAAAAAAGCUUUGAAGAAAGCAGAAAAGAAAGCCAAGAAGGAAAUCAAGAAAAAUAAGAAAAUAGCUCCUGAGGCCAUAAACGGAUAUGACGCUGGGAACAACAAUCUUGGCUUUGUUGAUAUAGACAUGGAAACAAAAUCACAGGAGCCAGGUGAUGAUCAGAAAGGUGGUAACAUAGUAGUGCCUGAACAUAAUGGAGGUGUGAAGGAUUUGAAGCACCAAAUUAACAUCCAUCCACAACCAUGCUGCAAACCUACCUUAGAAUCUCUGGGGCUCGAAAAGCCUCCUCUUCACUCUCUCAUCCUUGACUUCACUUCUGUCAAUUUUGUAGACACCGUCUGCAUAAAGACCUUAAAAAAUAUAUUUAGAGAUUUCCGGGAGAUUGAAGUAAACGUCUAUCUUGCUGGUUGCCAUGUUUCAGUCAUUACACAGAUGGAAAGAGGCAACUUCUUCAGUGAAACCAUCACCAAGCACCACCUUUUUGCAUCGGUGAAUGACGCUGUUACCUAUGUCACUAGGAAUCAGGGAGAAAAUUUGCCCCAAACUGCCACAGUCAUGACCAACACUAAAAUGUAACCAGUGAAUCCACCUCUCAAGCAGAAAAUACUCCAGCACAUUUUGAGAUGACUGACUGAACUGUUUUUGUUGAUAAAAGUGGAAAAAAUAAGGUUCAUCACCACUGUGAAUUUACUGAAGAUAGAAGUUACUUAUAAAGUGUUUGAGAAACUGUGAAGAUUGGAAGUUUAAUGUGUAGAAGUUUGAUCAAAUUCUGGAGGAAUUUUGACUCUGGAUGUUGGAGGCAAAAAAUAUAGUCAUCUGAAGUCUGAACCUACUUCAGGCACUACAGUUCCUGCCAAGGAAAAAAAACUUUCUGAUAUUGUAUAUAUUUCAUUUGUUGUUGGGGAUAUACUUUUUCAGUCAAUAAAAGGUAAUAGAUUUUCCAUUCAGCUCUAUCACUUGACUGUGCAAGUUUGCCUACAGUAUCUUAUGACUACUCUGUCACAAAGUAAAGACAGAAAACCAACUUGGAUUCCUGUGGGAAUAUCUACUUUUUUAUUCUCUCUUGGGUUGGAAUUAAAAAAGCAAGGUGUUGACUUAAGUUGCAGGUUCAUUAUUAGUUUAAUUGACAGAAAGGUUAUUCUGUUUCAUAGGUCUAAAUGCUGUAGAGAAUGGGAAGCCAUUUGCUUUAGGAAAAUACAUACAUCGCUGUGAACUCAGCUUGAUUUGCAUUCAGGGCGGAAGGUAGUCACAUAUAUAAUAAUAGAUGAGUUGAGAAGUUGUGGGAAGCUGUUGAAGUGGGGAGGACAGAUAGUUUAUAUUUUCUACCCUGGAGCCCUAAAUAUCAGUAAUGCAAGAGGUGGGGGGGAGUGGAUAAAUUAGGUUUUAUGGGGAGCCAUCCCCCCCCCCCCCAACACCAUAUAAUUAGUUCCCAAAAGUCCCUCCUGGAUGGGAGGUAAGGGUUUAUAGUGGUCAACUUGUAUGAGGAAAUCAUGCCAAAGAACAAGGAGAAAAGAACUUCUUUAAAGAGGCUGGGGUCAGCUCACAGUCAUUCAGAAGAACUGAGCUCUCUGAGAAAAAGAGGCAGGGGUGACUACUAGGGGGAAACUAGCUGUAUGACAAAUUUACUGAAACACUGUAUAGAAAGUGAGAACUGGAGCUGUCAUCUAGCUGAUAUGAAAAGCAAACUGUCUAUAAUCAAAGGUGCAGAAUUUUAAUUUUCCUGGCCAGAGGGCUGUGGGAAGGCUGGGGCUGAACCUGGUCCAGGCCCAUAAUUAGUAAUGUAUAUUGAAUUAUUUAGAGUUCCAAAAACCAUAUGCCAUCAGCAAUUUAUCAUGCGGUUUUAAAUUUUAUAUAACUGAAGGAAUAAAAAUUGAAAAAGGACAUACCAAGGAUGCCCAUUAGUUCCAUUGCUAUUUAACCUUGUAUUCAUGCUGGCCAAUAAAAUCAGGCAAAACCCAACAAUCAAAGGAAUAAACACUGAUUUAAAAUGAAAUGUUACACUGAUGAUGUGGUAAUGAUCUUUUUAAAUCCAAGUUGUUCAAUAAACACACAAUGGAACAAGUUCCAAAUUUGGAUCUUUUCAGAUCUAUAGAUUAAUAGGAAGAAGACAAAAAUAUUGAAUUUUGUAUCAAAAGAAGAAGAGAAAGAAAUUAGAGUGACUGUGAUGUGAUAUCAAAUUAAGUCAAAGAAUGGGAAAAAGAGAUAAAUAUCUGGGAAGACAAAAAGUCAAGAAUCAGAUUUAAAGCUCUUCAAGAUGAGAAAAGGAGAGAAGGAUUAGCAGUUACCAGGAUUAAAUUAUACAACCAAGCAGCAUGUUUAUCUUGGAUUGCAGAUUGGAUCAAGACUCUGAACUAGAGAUUGCAGAUUGGAUCAAGACUCUGGACUUGAAGAAGGUCUACAUACCGGUAAUCAACUGUAGAUAGAAAAUCUGGUUAAGAGAAGAAAUAAUGGUGUAAAGAAUAAUCACAACAUAAGAGAUGGACUAGUAAAGAUAUGGGAUAUCAUAAGAGAAGAAUUAGUCCUCUGUCAUCUCCAUUAAGUAUAAAGUUAUUAAAGUAUAUUAUGACAAAAAAGUGAUGAAAUAUUAUAAUGUAUCAAGAUAUCACAGAUGCUCAAGAUAAAAUUAAAUCCUGGCAAAGAAUUAUUGACGAAGGUAAAAAAAUUCAAUCGGUAAUAUUUUCAGCUUGUUUUAAGGCUGAAGAGAGAUCAACUCAACAGAAAGGAAACAUAAGAGCAUUGACAAAAUUUGGAAGGGAAACGUUGCAGCUCAAGGAACAUUUAUUACAACAAAUAUAUAAAAUUUUACUGAAACAUACAGAAACAGAGUAAGUAAAAACAUGUAUAGCUAAAUGGAUGCAAAAAUUAUUAGUAUGUGAAGGUGUCAGUAUUAUAUUUGUGUAGGAGGACAGAGGAAGUUCAUAAUUCAAUAGAGUUCAUAAUUUGGGGGGAAAUGUUUAAAAUACAAUAAUAAUUAUGACUGAAUAUCAGUUGAACACAUAAUUGGUACAACUGUACUGGCUCUUUCAUCAUAUUUAUAUUUAGAAUUGUAAUUAAGCUAAGUUUUGUACUUAGUGCUUAUUUUUGUCUGUUUAACUGGUUUUAUAUAGUUGUGUUUUUAUGAAAAAUA